UCGCUGUGGGAUGCGCACAAGGAGAAUCGCCGCUCAGUGGCACCGCUGUCCUCCCUGUUUGUUGGCCAGCAUCUCGAGGAGUGGGAAUCAGAGGAGGGGAUCGAGGAACAUCCCGCUAAACUGCGCCUACCACCUCGCGGCUGUGAAAUCACGACGUGGGGGAAUUUGUGGAGGUGGACACGCACCUUGAGGAGACAGGAUAAAGUAAAGAGCGCACGAGGCAGGGAAUAACACCUUCGGGUUUCCAGACGCAGGCUCUGCUGCAAACAAUGUUUGCAGCCGACUAGCGGAUAUUGGAAUUACAAUCAAAGCAGUUUCAUAAAGGGGAACAAAUAGCCUCACUUUGAAAUUAAAAUUAUUCUAUUCACAAGUAAUUGGAUGAGAGUCCCAUUAGCCCUCUUCAGUGAAAGAUGAUGUUGCCAUGGAAACAAAUUGUUCUCCUAUCAAUCACAGGAUGCCUUGCAGCGUUUACAGACGAUGUCAUAUUUCAAGGUCCAAGAUUAAGGACAGAGCCUGCUGACCUCAUUUUGCCGAUCAACUCCCCCAACCAACAGGCCACCAUUAUGUGCGAUGCAGAAGGGAGCCCAUCGCCACAAUACAGAUGGUCACUCAACGGAACACUCAUUGAUCUUGGGAAUGACUACCGGCGUCACAUGUCUGGAGGCAGCCUGAUCAUUAGCAACCUGGACAAGGACCAAGACACUGGGAUAUACCAGUGUCUAGCCUUCAACACGAAGGGGUCCAUCCUGAGCCGGAAAGCCAGCGUCCAAUUUGCAUAUCUUGAUAACUUUAAAACGCAAGCAGUGAGAAGUACGGUCAACGUCAGAGAAGGUCAAGGAGUGGUUCUCUUAUGUGGUCCACCAGCACAUUCUGGAGAGCUGACUUUUGCAUGGAUCUUCAAUCAAUAUCCCCACUUUGUCCAACAAGACAGUCGUCGAUUCAUCUCACAGGAGACUGGAAGUCUUUAUAUAGCCAAAGUAGAACCAUCCGAUGUGGGCAACUACACUUGUGUGGUUAACAACACGAUCACAAAGGAGAAGGUGUUAAGCUCACCAACCCCGCUGGUCCUCAGAAGUGACGGAGUAAUGGGAGAAUAUGAACCCAAAAUAGAAGUUCAUUUUCCUGAGUCGAUUCCAGCUGCAAAGGAAUCAUUUGUGAAACUGGAAUGUUUUGCUCUGGGAAACCCUGUCCCAGAAAUAAGCUGGAGAAGAACAAGUGGAGUCCCUUUCCCUAGUAAAGUGAAAAUGAAAAACGCAAACGCUGUCCUGGAAAUACCAAAUUUCCAACAAGAAGAUACAGGAACGUAUGAGUGCAUUGCAGAAAAUCGACGGGGCAAAAAUACAGCACGAGGUCGUAUUUCAUUCCAUGCUAAACCUCACUGGUUCCAGACCAUGGCGGACACGGUUCUGUCCAUCCACCAAAAGCUGUUCUGGGAGUGUAAGGCGAACGGAAAACCUAAACCAUCCUACAGCUGGCUGAGGAAUGGAGAGCAUUUGAUAACUGAGGGCCGGAUACAAAUCGAAAAUGGGGCCCUGUCCAUAGCUGCGUUAAACCUGUCAGAUGCUGGAAUGUAUCAGUGUGUAGCUGAAAACAAACAUGGGAUUAUUUAUUCUUCUGCCCAACUAAUGGUGUUAGCAUCACCUCCCAGUUUCUCCAAAAGCCCAAUAAAGGCUGUGCUAAAAGCUCGCUUGGGUAGUGAAGUCACUCUUGAAUGCAAGCCGCAAGCCUCGCCCCCAGCAAUUAGCCUGUGGAAAAAGGAUAAUGAGAUGCUGCAGAGAAAUGAAAGAAUUACACUGUUUUCAAAUGGAACAUUAAAGAUUACCAACGUUACAAGAAGCGAUGCGUCUAACUAUAUGUGCAUUGCAAAGAACCAGUUUGGGUCAGCAAGCACCAGUGGGAGGCUGAUCGUGACCGAGCCAACCAGAAUAACUGUGAGGCCCACAAACACUGAGAUUAUUGUUGGCGAGAGCAUCGUAUUGCCGUGCCAGAUUGCCUACGAUCCAGCUCUGGAUGUCUCUUUCUCAUGGGCAUUUAAUGGCCUGCUCAUCGACUUCCAGCAAGACAGCGAUCAUUUUGAGAGAGUGGGCGGGAGUGUAUCUGGAGAUCUGAUGAUCCGUAACAUUCAACUGAAUCAUGGUGGGAAGUAUGUCUGUGUUAUUGACACUGACGUAGAGAGUCUGUCCACCUCUGCCAUCCUGGUUGUCAAAGGUCCACCAGGCCCUCCAGACAAAGUGACAGUGGAAGAAAUCACGGACAGCACGGCGCAGCUUUCCUGGACUCCUGGAAGGGACAAUGGCAGCCCCAUCACCGGUUACAUCAUCCAGUGUCGGACGCCUUUUACUGUGGGCUGGCAGGCUGUUGAUACGGUGCCCGAAGUGAUUAAUGGGAACACACUAACAGCGACAGUCGUGGGUUUGAAUGCUUGGGUGGAGUAUGAGUUCAGAAUAGUGGCACAGAAUAGUGUGGGCCUUGGAGAGCCCAGUCCAGCAUCGGCCAAAACCAAGACGGAGGAUACUAUUCCUGAUACAGCUCCCACUGAUAUCGGAGGAGGAGGGGGCACAAAGUCGGAAUUAGUGAUAACAUGGGAGCCUGUAUCCGAGGAAUUGCAGAACGGUGAGGGGUUCGGCUACAUCAUCGCCCUCAGGCCUGUGGGCACAGUUACUUGGACACGAGCCAUCAUCUCCACACCCGGCGUUGCACGUUAUGUCUUCCAUAAUGACACCAUCCCACCAUUCUCGCCUUUUGAUGUGAAAGUGGGAGCUUUCAACAACAGAGGGGAGGGCCCUUUCAGCUCUAUUGCCACUGUGUAUUCAGCAGAAGAUGUCCCCAGUGUAGCUCCUAAGAGGGUUAUACCUAGGAUUGUGUCUGCAACACAAAUUGAAGUGAUCUGGGAAGCUGUUUCAGCCAUCCCUGAAAGAGUGCUGGGAUAUGAGGUCAUGUACUGGGAAGAUGACACUAAGCCUGACACAGUUGGCAAAGUACGCAUAUCAGGAAACUACACCGUUGUUAACAUCACUGGGCUGAAUUCGAAUACAGCGUACUAUCUUGCAGUGUCCGCCUGCAACACAGCUGGCCCUGGGCCUCAGUCGGUGCCUAUCAACAUCACAACAAAAAAACCACCACCUGACCGGGCACCACUAAACGUACAAUGGUCCAUGAUUGGUUCCACACUGUCACUGCAAUGGGAUCCUGUUGUAGCCACGGAGAAAGAGUCAAAAGUCACUGGAUAUUUGGUGCUUCUGAAAAGACAUCGUUAUAAUGAUAUGAAUUAUUAUGUCACAAAUAAAACCUCUGUGGAGCUCAAUCUGUCCAGCAAUGACAACUAUCUCAUUCAGAUCAAGGCCAUGAGCGAGGGUGGUGAAGGUUUAGGCAGUGAACCCAUCCACAUCCACAAAUUAAGCAUGGGAGCACGGGGAUCAGAUGCACGUUGUCUCAACCCAUUCAACCUCUCUGCAGCACUCAUCAGCGCACUGCUCUGCUUUGUCUGAUGAUGUCCAAUCAGAGACUCUAGUGUUCCUGACAGUCCGUUCAGCCUGCCUGGCUCAAUGUUAUCCCUCUACUGGAGGGUUCCGGAUUCAGCGAUAGGACUAUAGAUUCCUGAACAGGCUCAACUGUUAAAGAGUCCAUACAAGAAAAGCUUAUAUGAUGAAGAUGUAACAAUUUGAGUGCAUGAUAACUUGCAAUGUUUCAUCUGGAUUUCUAAGUGCCACCAGUAUUUUCAAGGGUUUAAUAUCAACAUGAGUUACCCCACGUGUCUGAAAAAGAUAUGACUGCCUUAAUAGCAAUUUAACACGUACAAUCUAUACCAAAUUAAUAAACAUAGGAUUUUUGCUUUACAAAAGUAUCUCUUGGACAGCUUGCCCAUCAAGAAUGGCCCAUAGUUCUGCUUUGUUUUUAAAUGCAAUUUCAAGAGCAAAAAUUUUAACGAGUUAAAUAAAAAGACAGCAGUUAUUUGGUUUUGAGAAACAAAAGACAAAGCAUUAAAAUAUUACCUUUUUUUUUUUUUUAAUGUAGCAACUGUAAUUGCUAACUGACCAGCUAUGCCUCGAAUAAACAUAUUUUCCCAUACUCAAAAAAUCUUUAGUCAGAUGUCCAGCCACAGACUUGUAAGCCCCAGGCCCUCUCUACAAUACCGUGAAAGAUGUCACUACUUGCUCUCCAUCUCAUACCCUUAAAUAAUAAAUGUCCAUCACACUGGCUUAUUCAGUCUAGUGAAAAGUAUGGUUUUCACCGAGAGAUGUGCUGCCUUGUCAAACAAAUCCCAUGUGUAUUGUUCUUUACUUUUAGAUGACUAACAAUAAGUUCUAUAUUUCACAACAACCCAUACACAAGAUUGCCCCAGUGCACAAUGGACUAUACCAAUGACAGUGCCUUCACCAGAGCUCAAACGUCUUUCAGCUGCCCAGACUUGACAUUCACAUUGUUUAAAGGUUAACGUCUGUUUUUUGCUUACAAACUUAACAUCGUAAGCCCGACGUAUCAAAAACUUGGGCUGAAAGCUUUAUACGGGGAGAUUGUAAACUGUGAAUUGACCAAAUUUAGAUAUCGUUGAUAAAAAAAAUAAUAAUUGGCAACAGAACUAGCAUUGUCUUGCCUGCGGUCAGAGCAAAACGUAUUGCUGUCAUUUUGCCAUCCACUUCAUACUAGAAUGAAUAGUUAGAAAUGAAAAUGAGGGAGUUACACUUUUCAUCCUUUGAAAGGCACUUCAGAGUUGCAAUGUGACAACUCGAGUCUUGAUGAUGCCCAAAUGGAUGUGGAACGAUGCAGCCAACUGCUAGACGUUACCGUGCCUUUGCUGAAUGUGGGGCUGUGUGUAUAGUCAUCAGCUGUAAGGUUGUCAUCAUUUGUAGUGUUGCACUCUUGCCACUCCCAAAGUCAAACAAAAGCACAAGCAACUGAUGCAAGGUGACUGCUUGUCCCCACUUGUCGUCUGAGCAGAUGUUUAGACUUCGGAGGCCUCAUAAAAAGUCCCAAAAAGCUGGCAUAAUAAGGCCUGUUCUGUCGGCUACCUGACUGACUUCAUAAAGCUGUGCGGUUGUUAGUCAAUGUAAUAUUGAUUUUACUUUUCUAUUAUUAUAGCGGUCAUGUUUCAGUUACCUGUCUGAUUGAUGGCCUCCAUUUUAUUGUAAUCAUUCUGUUGCCAUAAAAUCUGUAAUUUGGUUUUCGAAUAAAUGUUUUCGUGAAAGCUUUUUUUUUUUUUUUUUUUUUGAAGAGUUAUAGUGCAGUGAUUGACAGUGACUUUUCUGGUCUAUUGAUUGUUGCAAGUGCAUCUUUACACGCUUGAUGUAUGAUUACUGUGCUUUAUUACAAUUGUGAUGACUUUAUUUGUAAAAACCUAAAUACCAGGACACACCAGUAUUCUUAGAGGCUAAAUUUUAUCGUCAAAUUCCUUAAAGUGCAGAUGUUCCUUACCAGCUUGCUCCAAAAAGAGUUUUCUUUUGAAAUCUAAGUAAAAGCAUUUAAUGAAACUUGGGUGACACUUUUUGGUGUGCGAAUGAAGUUUAACGUUGCUUGUCACAGUAUGUUUUGAUUCCAAAUAUAGUAACUUUAUCAAGAUAUGGUGUUUUCUAUGUAUAGUUCUGCAGUUAUUUCUUGGAGUGAGGCAUCAUCCAUCUCAUUUUGUUGAAAAUGUCAUAGGUGGCAAGAAAAUAGAGAUGUACCCUUGCAAUUGCAAUAAUCAAUGAUAUAUAUUAUCGAGGUGAAAUUUGAAACAAACACAUCAUCAUGUCUUUUUAUAGUUUUAAAAUGGUAUUAUUGUAGAUCAGAGCUUUUUGUAUAACAUUGAGUGAUUGUAAUUUUACCAUUAAGAUCACGUUUAUGUUUCUGGCUUUGAGUUUUGAUGAAUGUGUCAAUGGUGACGAUCUUGAAACAACAAAAUGAAAUAACCUAUUAGCAUAAUCUACUAGUCUCCACUCAUUUGUCAUUGUUAAUAUAUAACUUAAAGCUUGAGGCAAGAUUCCCAAUAUUUGACACCAAGGGAUCCAUGUUUUACCAUAGGUUAAUUUCUUUACGAAGUUUGUCCUGCUGAAAAAGACAAGAAUUUCUGUGUUAGUAUGUAGUACAAAAUGUUUUUAGAAAGCCUUACAUCAUUAGGAAAUUCCAUACACCAACAUGAAGUGUCCUGAUUUAAUAAAGCAGCAAAUCAAUUUAUUUUCAAAAGGUUGAUAUUGUUAAAGUGGUUGUUACUUGAAAGUGUAUUUCCAAUAAUGUAUAUAUUUGCAUAUAUUUUUAAAAUAUGGCCACCCAAAACAACCUUAUUGCUCUUAUAUAGUGUGUUUUCCAGCCUAAUACUGCUGUAUUAAUAAAUGAUCUCUGUGAGAUACCGACAUGUAGAUUUGUAUUUUCAUAUUGAAAAGUAACUGUUUUGUCUUGUAUACUAAAAUUGUGCAUGGUCAUCACUGUUUGUGAAUUUGUGUUGGAUUUUUCUAAAACAUAACUUAAUAAAAUUGUUUAUUCCCUCCAUUCACGUCUUUGCCUUGUUAAGCUAAAUCUAAUUGUCAAGUUCAAACACAAAUCCUUAGAAGGACAUUUGCAAACAUUACAGAAAAUAAGGAGAGAAGGCACUCAAUUUAAUUAAACACCUUGCAAGGAGUGCGGAGGGAAGCUAUAUAACGCAAUACUAAGACUACAUAAUACAGAUUCCACACUCA